GGGAAGACUUAAAUAAAUAGCUUAUGACUUAUGUAUAAGCUGUUUUUUACAAUCGAGAGGAUCUUCAUCCGGGGAUAGCAGCUUGAAAGUAACAUUUUCAUCACAACGUCCAAAAUAUGCAUAUGGCCAGUCUGCCGCAUAUGGUCCAUGGUUAUCAUAUCAAAUAUUGGUAUACAUUAUUAUAAAAUCACUGCAGAAAAUAAAACUCACCAUGUCUUGUCAUAUAGCACUGCCUCAGUGCUUGCAGAACCCUUAAGCUCCAAAAAAUGAGUUCAAGGGUCUUCAUCAAUAUCUUGGUCAUUUUCACAGUUGUGUUGCCUUGCUUGGUCAGUUUAAGUCACUCUAAAUGUGAUUUCAAGGCAAUCUUCAACUUUGGAGAUUCAAAUUCAGACACUGGUGGCUUUUUUGCAGCUUUUCCUGCAGAAUCUGGUCCCUUUGGAAUGACUUACUUCAACAAACCAACAGGCAGAGCUUCAGAUGGGAGACUCAUCAUUGAUUUUCUUGCUCAAGCUCUUGGAUUUCCAUUUUUGAGUCCAUAUCUGCAAUCAAUAGGAUCAGAUUAUAGACAUGGAGCCAACUUUGCUACAUUAGCUUCCACUGCGCUUCUGCCUCAUAAUUGUUUGUUCGCUGGUGGGAUCAGUCCUUUCUCCCUUGCUAUCCAGCUCAACCAAAUGAAGCAAUUUGCAACUAAAGUUAAGGAAGCUGAUAAAAUAGGAUCCAAACUUCCUUCACCAGAUAUAUUUGGAAAAUCUCUCUACACGUUCUACAUAGGCCAAAAUGAUUUUACUUCCAACUUAUCAGCCAUUGACAUUGGUGGAGUGGAGGAGUUCCUACCUCAAGUUGUUUCACAAAUUGCUGGCACCAUUAAGGAGCUAUAUGAUCUUGGUGGGCGUGCAUUUAUGGUGCUUAAUCUGGCACCAAUUGGAUGCUACCCUUCACUCUUGGUGCAGCGUCCUCAUAACAGUUCAGACCUUGAUGAAUUUGGAUGCAUGGUUUCUUACGACAAUGCUGUAGUGGACUAUAACAACAUGUUAAAAGAGACAUUGACACAAACCAGAAAGAGUCUUUCAGAUGCUUCUGUCAUAUAUGUUGAUAGUUACUCUGUUCUGUUAGAGCUCUUCCAGCAUCCUACUUCUCAUGGGCUUCAAUAUGGUACAAAAUCAUGCUGUGGAUAUGGAGGGGGUGCCUACAACUUUGAUAAAAGAGUUUACUGCGGCAACACUAUUAAGAUAAAUGGCACCACAAUAUCAGCAACAGCAUGCAAUGACCCCUACAACUAUGUGAGUUGGGAUGGGAUCCAUGCCACAGAAGCAGCAAACAAGCUGACUACCUUAGCCAUUCUUAAUGGAUCCUAUUCUGACCCCCCUUUCCCAUUUCAUGAACACUGUGAUCUUCAACCUAUUGGUUGAUCCAUUUUAUUCAGGAACCAGAAAAAAUGAGUAAGAGGGCAAAAAUUUAGGGGGAGACCGCCAAUUAUAUCUCUACCUGAGUCCAUCUUCUCUUACUAAGAAGUUACACAAGUGUCACCGAGAAAAGAAAUCUAAAGUUUUUUUUUUUUAGUUUGCAAAUAAAAAGUUAUAAUCAUGUAAAAUUUCCUCCACCAAAUAAAAUAACAAGUCGUUUACUGUUGAUUUA